AUGGCGACGCCUUCGAAGAAAAUCACGGCGCCUCGGGCGACGAAGAUCACGAUGCAGCUGAGCGUGUUGCUCACGAUGGUGCGGCACACCCUGGAAAACUACCCCCAGUUGUACCUGGGGGCGCUCAUGGGGUUCCAGGACGACGACGGCAACAUCGACAUCACCCACGCCUACCCCUUCCCCUACGCUGACCAGUACGAAGGCGGGCUGUUCCGGCUGAGACUGGGGGCCAAGUACCAGCAGGACAUUUUGGCCCAGCUCAGAAAGCUUGGGUACGGUGUCGAGUUCCACGGGUGGUUCCAGCUGUCGAUCCUGGGCAACUUUGUCACGUCGCAGCUCGUCGAAGGGUUGGCGCAACAGCAGUUGCAGAACCCGGACGCGUUCGUGGUGGUGCACAACUUGGCCUACUUGAAGGAGGUCGACGUCAAGGCGUACAGAUUGCUGCAAGGGUUUUUGCAGAGCUACGUCGACGGCAAGUGGAAGCUGAAGGACUUGGCGGCGAACGGCGUCAACUACUUGUCGAUCUUUGACGAAGUGCCCAUCGACUUGGGGUCGCAGACGAUGCUCGAGUUGUACAUGGCGCUGAACACCGGUGCCGACGGCCACAUCACCCUGAGCAAGCGCGGCGGCAGCGCCAGCGACAUCUUGAACUUGUCGCUGGACGAGAACUUCACUGCCCAGUUGCUCGAGCUGUUGUACUCGCAGAUCGACGCCUACAACUAUGACCAGAACAACUUCAACUACUACCAGCGCCAGUACCAAAAGGAGCUGCAAAAGAUCGCCCAGUGGAAGCAGCAGCGCAAGUUGGAGAACUUCGAGCGCCAGAAGCGGGGCGAAAAGGAGUUGGACCCCGAGGAAUACACCACGUUGUUCAAGUUGCCCCAGGAACCCAGUCGCUACAACAACAUGUUGCACUCGCACGCCAUCGACACCCUCGCCGACGACAUCUUGAAGAAGUGUGACGAGGAAUUGACCAAGUCCCAGGUGAUCGAGAGAAAGAUGUUGGCGUGA